UCCCCUGCGUUUUGAAACAAAGGGGAACCCAUCUGUCGGUACAAUGGAGAUAUUCUCAAAUAGCAGCUGGAAAACGCUUUGUACCAGUCAAUGGGAUGACGCAGAUAAAAAUUCAGUCUGCAUGGCCAUGGGCUACUAUAACAACGGUGUUUAUGCUAAUGGCACAUGGUACGCAGAACGUGGCAAUGCUUCAAUGUCCACCCACUACAACUGUACAAUUCCGACCACAUGUCAAAACAACGUGGUAAAGAAACAACAAGUCUGCGAAGUUCCUGUUCGCUUGAAAGGCGCAAAUGUGGAGUAUGGAGGAAGAGUGGAAGUAUUUUACAAGGGGAAAUGGGCGAAGAUAUGCAGGAAUGAAUGGGAUUUCAAUGAUGUCAAAGUUAUUUGUCGUCAACUUGGCUUUGAAGAGGCUUUGGCGGAAUUUGUUGGGUCAGAAGUGAAGGAUGAGAGAAUACCUUUUGCAAUGUCUGAUGUCUCUUGCACCGGAGAGGAGUCAGAACUUGCAUUAUGCAAUCGCCUUGAUGGAAAGUCAAAUAUUCCAUCUCAAUGUCAAUCGGAUGGCAAGGGUUCUCAAGCGUUGUGUCAACCAAAGAACAAGAAAGUGUUGCUUAGAGAUGAACUCUAUUUUGAUAUUGGUAGCGAAGAACGGCUUCACUGCUCUAUACAAAAUAAAACCAAUCAUGCUAGAUGGGUCAUCAAUGGGCUAAAGCUUGAAAUAACAAACUCUUCUUCUCGAAGGAUCAGGGCUGAAGACAAUGGUGAUCUGGUCAUUGAUGAUGUGCAACUGUCUGAUGGAGGAGUAUAUGAAUGCCAGAUAUUGGAACAUAUUCAAUAUUACAUUGUCUAUAUUAAUGCAAGAUUUACUGAGAAGACGCUGGACCAGCAAACCUUAACUGCGUACACGUCUGGCAUUAUAAGCUGUAGUGCUGAUGGAAAACCAAGUCCACAGAUUUCUUGGAGUAAGAAAGGAGGAAAGUCCUUAGAUUCGAGACGAUUCACUCAAGUACCCAGCGGCAGCCUGCGUAUUAGUUAUGUAAAGCCUGAAGACGAUGGAACAUUCACCUGUACCAUGAAACAAACUAAAGGACCACGGAUGGUCACAACCAAAGAUAAACACAUACGAGUGACAGUUAUAAUUCGACCAAAAGUGGAUAUUUCUGGAGCAAGCAAUCUCAUCAUAGAAGGAAACAGUGUGAACUUGACGUGUAAAGUUGUGGAGGGUCGGCCUGAACCACAGAUCACCUGGCUCAAGAAUAAUACAUUGCACAGACAGAGUUUGUCUCUCUUCUUUUCUGAGAUAACAAAGGGGGAUGAAGGGCGGUACACUUGUAAGGCAGAGAAUGCAGCAGGCUUUGACACCAAAGACAUUGACAUUUCUGUAAAAGUUCCACCCCGUGUUAGUGAUGAGUUUAGAAAUCUCACCAUUGCAUUGAACUCCACAUUUACAAAAAAGUGUUAUUUGAGAGGUGACCCACAAGUAUAUGUCAACUGGACCAAGGAUGGAGUGCUUCUUAGUAAAAACAACAGCCUGGUUAUUAGACAAGUGACGUUUAAAGAUAAAGGCUACUAUGAAUGUAGUGCUAGAAAUGAUUAUGGAAAAGCAAACUCUUCCUUCUGGAUCGAUGUCACAGUAUCUCCCCAGAUUAUAGAGCCUCCAAUAAACCAGUCUGUUACCGAGGGAAACUCUGUGAACUUCAGUUGCCGAGCCUCAGGUGUGCCAACACCAACAUUAGUCUGGGUUUUUAAUAAUGCUGACCUGCCAUCUGGUAUCAAUCAAUUCAAUCACGAAGGAGAAUCAUUCCUGGAAUUUUUAAUCGUCACAAAAGGGAUGGAAGGGACUUACAAGUGUAAAGCGAAAAAUAAAGCAAAUACCAGUAUUUCCUUUGCAACACUGCGUGUUUACGGAAAAAGCUCUGCUCAAGUUUUUCCAGGUUGGUAUCCACCACUCACAGUAACAAGCUCCCUCAAAUUGACCUGCAUUGUCAACGAAGAAACAACAACUGUAACUUGGAAAAAAGAUAAAGACUCACCACCCGAAAGAGCAAAGAUUGAUACACGAUUCGAUGAAAAAAUUAGUGAACUUACUAUAACUGAAGUUAGGAAGACGGACAGUGGUGUGUAUAAUUGUGAGGCACGUAACAAGCUCGGUUUUGUUGCCAGGUCAUCUGUAACAAUAGAUGUCAAAGGUAAUUUCAACACUCUGUGGUAUUACAUUAAUGGAUCAGUGGCGGCAGCGCUUGCCAUUUCGCUAAUUGCCUGGCAUUUCUGGAAGCGUCGAAGGACAGCUAUGGCUCUUCCUGACCAAGAGCAGGCAAUUCAGAUGGAGCCAUUGAAUGCACAGGUAGAUGAGUGGGAGGUUGCGGUGAACCGUGUCCUGCUACAAGACGUCAUUGGACGAGGGGCGUUCGGAGCCGUGUGGAGAGCUCUCCUGAGUUCACCCAAUGGACAACCUGGAAACCGGACAGUGGCUGCUAAAUGUUUUACGCCCACUGCUGGAGAGGAGGGAAGGAAAUGUUUGAUGAGAGAAAUUGAGCUAGGGAAACUUAUCGGUGAAAACGUUUCGCCAAACAUUGUAAAGUUCAUGGGCUGCGUUACGACAGAAAUUCACCCCAUACUCAUCAUGGAGUACUUGCCAUGUGGUGAUCUGCUUGGCUACCUGAGAAAAUGCCGAGGAGUGAGGGAUCGGUACUAUCUUGGUGAGGGAAGAGCUCAGGAUCUGAACAACUACGAUCUCGUGCUGUUUGCCAAACAAAUCGCCGCCGGCAUGGUGUUCCUUGGAACGCGAGGGAUCAUCCAUCGUGACCUGGCGGCUCGAAACGUUCUCCUCGAUAACAACUAUGUUUGCAAAGUGACGGACUUUGGUAUGGCAUAUCAAAGCUUCAAGUAUGGCCAUGGAAAUGCCAAAAAGGGACGUUUGCCAAUCAAAUGGACUGCACCAGAGAUUCUGCUUGGAGAACUUGCUGGACUUUCCACCUUGAGUGAUGUGUGGUCCUAUGGAAUCGUUCUGUAUGAGAUAGUUACCCUUGGAGGAAUUCCGUACGACGGAUGGUCAGAAGGCAUGGUGGUUGUAGAGGUCACAAAGGGAUAUCAGAUGCCAAAGCCCGAUCAUGUUGAUAACAAACUGUAUGAUAUAAUGAAAAGGUGCUGGAAUCGAAACCCUAACUUCCGUCCUCCCUUUGAAAACCUGCGACAAAGAAUGGACAAAUACAUUCGUGAAGAGACAUACUUGGAACUUCUUAACAUGGGCGCUUAUGACAAGGCAAAAUAUUCCAGGGUUGAAGAUCUCGGAGGUGAAGAUGCAGGACCAAGUGAGAAAGUUGCAAAGAGGGCCUCAGCUAAGAGAUUGGGAAAAUGGGCCAGUGACCGUCGUUAGGGUAUAUAAUCGUCACUUCUCGGUGCUAAACUAAG